CAGCGGCAGCGGCGGCGGCGGCACAUUCUCGCUCUGACUGAAGGACAAAAGGAUGCGAGAGGAGCCCGGGCGGCUGCUGCCUGCACCAGCCCCGGGAGGAGGCGCCAGGGGGGCCGCUAGCCCAGCGAGAUGGUCCGGGGCUCCUCCACGCCCGCCGCCGCCGCCGCCCCCCCGCGCCCCGCCGCAGUCGACGGGCAGCAGCAGCAACAAAGGCGCUGAAGGCGGCAGCAGCAGCAGCAGCAGCAAGAGCAGGAGGAGCGGCCGCGGCAGGAGCGCGCAGCAGGGCCGGGAGGAGCUGGUGGUGCCGCAACUCCUCGCCGCCGCCGCCUCCGCGCCCGCCGCCCGGGGGGGCCGCGCCGCGCAGCCCGCGGCUCCCGGCCGCCAGUGAGGCUCCCUCCCGGGCUCGGCACUCUGGGCGAGGGGCCGCGGGAGCCGGCCAUGGAGCUGCAGCCCUGCCGGCAGCAGCAGCAGCAGCCGCCGCAGCCGCCCCGCGCCUCUACCGUCGCGCCCGGCGCCCAAGGACGCACCUGCAGGCUGGCAGCCGCCACCCGCACAGCGGGGGCAGGCGGAGGCAGCAGCCAGGGACCCGCAUAGCCAGCCGGCCCCUCGGCCGGCCAGCCAGCAGGCCUCGCUCCGGAACCAUUUCGCCCGCCGGCCGCCGCCGCUGCCGCUCUCCUCGUCUUCUCUCCGGGCCCCUCGUGUGCCCGGCCAACUCCAGUGGAGCUGCCGCCUGGCGAGCGCCUGGCGGGCAGGACGGACUGAGCCCCGCCACCGCCGCGGCCGCCACUGCCCCGGUAGGCGUGAGGUGGGCGAGGCGAGGCGAGGCGGCCGAAGGGGACUCCCGCCGCUGGCUGCCCUUGCUGGCUCGCGCGCUCUCCCCCGCCCGCCCCCCAUGGAGAGAGGCCGCGGCAGCUCGCUCCAGCCCGGCUGAGGGGACCGGUGGCCAGUUCUUCGCCCUCCGAAGCUCAGUCCCAAACGAUGGUGAAUUAUGAACGUGCCACAUCAUGAAGCUCUUGUGGCAGGCAACUGUGCACCACCAGCAGCAGCAGCAGCCGCCGCCGCCUGCCCCGCUCGCUGUCGUCUACCUCAUGGUGCAAACGUGGCUGGCCUGCGCCGUGGCGGCCGUGGCUGGCCCGCAGAGCUGCCCUUCGGCGUGCUCGUGCAGUAACCAGUUCAGCAAGGUGGUGUGCACGCGGCGGGGCCUGGCCGAGGUGCCCCAGGGCAUCCCCUCCAACACGCGGUACCUCAACCUGAUGGAGAACAACAUCAAGAUGAUCCAGGCCGACACCUUCCGCCACCUGCACCACCUGGAGGUGCUUCAGCUGGGACGCAACGCCAUCCGGCAGAUCGAGGUGGGGGCCUUCAACGGCCUGGCCAGCCUCAACACCCUGGAGCUCUUUGACAACUGGCUGACAGUCGUGCCCAGCGGGGCCUUCGAGUACCUCUCCAAGCUGCGGGAACUCUGGCUGCGCAACAACCCCAUCGAGAGCAUCUCCUCCUACGCCUUCAACCGCGUCCCCUCCCUCAUGCGCCUGGACCUGGGCGAACUCAAGAAGCUCAAGUACAUCUCCGAGGGGGCUUUCGAGGGAUUGUACAACCUGAAGUACCUGAACUUGGGGAUGUGCAGCAUCCAGGACAUGCCCAACCUCACCCCUCUGGUGGGGCUGGAGGAGCUGGAGAUGUCUGGGAACAACUUCCCCGCCAUCCAGCCGGGCUCCUUCCAUGGGCUCAAGUCGCUCAAAAAGCUGUGGAUUAUGAGCUCCCAGAUCAGCCUGAUUGAGCGCAACGCUUUCGACGACCUCACGGCGCUGGUGGAGCUCAACCUGGCCCACAACAACCUCACCUCCCUGCCCCACGACCUCUUUGCCCCCCUGAGGUACCUGGUGGAGCUCCACUUGCACCACAACCCCUGGAGUUGUGACUGCGACAUCUUGUGGCUGUCGUGGUGGCUGCGGGAGUACAUCCCCACCAACUCCAGCUGCUGCGGGCGCUGCCAUGCCCCCGCACACAUGCGUGGCAAGUUCCUGGUGGAAGUGGACCAGACCGCCUUCCAGUGCUCGGCCCCCUUCAUCAUGGAUGCCCCGCGGGACCUCAACAUCUCCGAGGGGAGGGUGGCUGAGCUCAAGUGCCGGACGCCUUCCAUGUCCUCUGUGAGGUGGCUGCUGCCCAAUGGGACCGUGCUCAGCCACGCUUCCAACCACCCCCGGAUAGCCGUCCUCAAUGACGGCACCUUGAACUUCUCCCAGGUUUUCCUUACAGACACUGGAGUAUACACCUGCAUGGUCACUAAUGUGGCAGGGAAUUCCAACGCCUCGGCCUACCUCAACGUGAGCACGGCCGAGCUCAACACUUCCAACUACAGCUUCUUCACCACCGUCACCGUGGAGACCACGGAGACGUCGCCAGAGGACCUCUACCCCAAGUUCACCAAGCCAGUGCCAACCACGUCCACGGGCUACCAGCCGGCCUACACCACCACCACCACCGUGCUCAUCCAGACAACCAAGACGCCCAAGCAGGACCCCGUCUUGGACAACAACGACAAGAUGCAGACCAGCCUGGAUGAGGUGAUGAAGACCACCAAGAUCAUCAUUGGCUGCUUUGUGGCCGUGACGCUGCUGGCAGCGGCCAUGUUGAUUGUCUUUUACAAACUUCGCAAGAGGCACCAGCAGCGGAGCACCGUCACAGCCGCCAGGACUGUGGAGAUCAUCCAAGUGGACGAGGAUAUUCCGCCGGCAUCGGCGGCAACAGCAACCACCACCGCGGCCCCAUCAGGCGUCUCAGGUGAGGGGGCAGUUGUACUGCCGGCUAUUCACGACCACAUUAACUACAACACUUACAAAUCGUCACAUGGGGCCCAUUGGACAGAAAACUGUCUGGGGAACUCGCUGCACCCCACAGUUACUACUAUUGCUGAACCUUACAUAAUUCAGACCCACCCCAAGGAGAAAGUGCAGGAGACGCAAAUUUGACUCCUUCCCUUCCCCAAGAAAUUAUUUUAAAAAAUGCAAUAGAAUGCACAAAACAGAAACAGACGUCAACUUUUGUACAGCGAUGGGGUGGGGUGGGGGUGGGUCAGUUUUUUUCCUUGUAUAUGCUAAUAUAUUAAGACUAUGGGCUGAGAUCAGAGAAGCAGAUUACAUUAAAAAUGUUAAAAAAAAAAAAUUCCACAAACCUCCCUAUUUUCUAACUUGUAAGUUCCAUUUUAAAGGAGGCAGCAAUUAUCACCCCACCCCUUCCAAAAUGAGGCAGGAAUGGCUAUUGUGACUUUCUGAAAUGAAACCUAUUCAUAGUGAAAGAAAGAAAGAAAGAAAGAAAAAGAAAGAUGGUGAUAAUAAAGGGAAAUCUCAAAACCAGGGACUAGCAGAGGUGGGCUUUAUCCUUUUGAGAAGACGUUACUUAGAAUGCAGUAAAAACAGCCCCGUUUCUAUAGAGACGCUCUUUCUUAAAGCCCAGGAAAAAUGAAAACUCCCUGUAUUUACAGAGUUGUCUUAUUUCCAGAAAGGGGGGGGGGCGCACUUAAGGGUUUGUACUGUGCCAAAAUGUUGCAAAUGCAAUAAAAGAGUCAUUUUUAAAAAAGAAAAAAACAAGACAAUGAUCACAAGGGGGUUAAAUACUUGUACCAAACUGCAAAAAAUCCAAACCAGCAGGAGUCUGUGCUGCCUUCUCCUCUCCACGAGGAGGAGGAGGAGGAGGAGGAUGUGUGGCCGACCAUGUGCCAGCAGAGCCCCCCCCCCCCGAUGGUGGUGGGGUGGGCUGGCUGGUCGGCAUGCCCGUGCCCCCCGUGCCCCCCCGCGCGCGCCCGGAAGAGCUCUUUUGUGUGCAGGCCGGCCUGCUCCCCCACUGCACCACAUUCCUGCAGUCCCCUUUAGCUCUGUGUGGACGGGGCCAGGCGCACAGAGCAGCUGCUGACUUUGGGGUGUGGGGCUGGGGCGGCUGGGGCACCUGGACGGAGGAGGACGACACGGGGAGAGCCUCGCCUCGCCUCGCGGGCCUGCCAGGCUUGGGGGCUGACAUAUGAUUGUAGAACCACGAACCAAUUCUGUGCUUUUUGUUCGUUUUUUCCCUUAAGGGGGGGGGG